GGUUUGGUCGUCCAAAAUUCAUACAGAAUAGCCUUCUUAAACAUACUUUCUUCUAUAGUAAACUAAACCUUUUAGAUGUGCAGAAAUCUUCUAGUUGCUGUUUAUAAAGUACAAUGAAAAUGUCCCAGUCAAAUUCAAGCCUAGAAUUACACCGCUUCAAUUGGAUGACAUCUCCACCUUUUCCUCAUCAUCCUACUUAACCUGUGGAGUUUUGACAUCACAGCAGACCAGAGGCUUAGUGCUACAACACACCUGAUGGCUACAGUAGUAUGGAUAUACAGUGUCACUGAAGAUGAGCCAGGCAGAACAUGGAAGUGGGAAUGAGGAGUCUUUUCAGCUGACAGACAGCAUGAGAGAUUGCAGAUGAUGCUUUGAACUUCUCUCCUGAGCUUCCAAUGGAACUACAAAGGAAGAGCCGAACAGUUCGGCCUGCAGGUCCCUUGGAUGGAGGCUAUGGCUGGUUCAUAGUGCUUUCCACCUUCCUUGUCUUUGGUCUGACAUUCGGUGUAAUCAAGUCCUUUGGCGUGUUCUUCGUAGAAAUCCACCACUACUUCGCAACCACGGCGACUACAAGCUCAUGGAUCACAUCCAUCUCUGUGGCAACUGUACAUUUUGGGGCCCCCGUAGGCUCCGCAUUGAGUGCAUACUUCGGCCAUCGGCCAGUGGUCAUGGUGGGGGGUCUGCUGAGCAGCAUUGGGAUGGUGGCCGGGUCAUAUGCCCAGGAUCUGCUACAGCUGUACAUCACUGUGGGGUUCCUUACAGGAUUUGGCUAUGCCCUGACCUGGACCCCUACUGUGACCAUGCUGGGCUGGUACUUUGAGAAGCGACGGCCAGUGGCCAACGCUCUGGCCAGCACAGGAGAGUGCAUCCUCACCUUCAUCCUCACCCCAUCCUUCCAGUUCAUGGUAGAUCAGUAUUCCUGGAGGGGAGCGAUGCUGAUCCUGGGAGCUCUGCAGCUCAACUUGUGUUUGUGUGGAGCUCUUCUGAGACCCCUCAACAGACUCGUUCCUCCUAAAGAGCUUGAGGAGAAAGAGCACGAGCUGGAGCUGUUAUCUCAACCUCACAUAGACUCUAGAAGUUCAAAUAAUAGGUCAGACUCAAAAAAAUCGGAUGCACUGAAGGUCAAAAUCAUUCGUUACGUGGACUACACUCUUAUCGCUAAUGCUCGCUUCAUGGUCUACUCAAUGUUUGGUGUCUUCGCUGCUCUCGGCUUCUUCGCUCCAUCUCUCUUUCUGGUUCCGUACGCCCGCAGUCAAGGAGUGGAGGAGUACCAGGCGGCCGCUCUCAUGUCCAUCUCUGCGGUGCUGGACCUGUUAGGCAGGGUGUUAUUUGGGUGGGUGGCUAAUCUGCGGCUGGUCAAGACAGUCCAUCAGCUGAUCGUCACAGUGAUUCUGUUGGGCAUUGUUCUGCUGCUCGGCCCUCUUGCAACCACAUUCACCCAGCUAGCGCUGUUCAGUGCGGGUUAUGGACUGGUGUUCGGAGCGACUGUGGCCAUUCACAUCACAGUACUCGCGGAGGUGGUGGGGGUGGAGAGGCUGGGAAGUGCUCUGGGCUUCUUCAUGCUCAUCCGCAGCAGUGGUGGCCUCCUUGGACCACCUUUGGCAGGUGAGAUGUUUAAGAGAAAUUUGGUCACUAGUGACUAUCCUAAGCAGUGACAUCAAAAUUAUUA